GUUAUAUCUAGGUACCUACCUAAGCUACUAGAAUCAUGUAACAACCUCUUUGUUCUUUUUCCAGGAUAACAACCACAUGCAUAUGUGUACUUUGCGAGGUUGAUAAUUGAUCCCAACUAAACACAGAUACCGAACCAGAACAAAGAAAAUGAACUGAAGGGUGAUUUAUAACUGCGUCGAAGCCGAAGGGCAUUAAUCCCCAUAACCAUUCCACAAGUACUUAAGCACAUUCAGCUAUCAAUCAAUCAAAAUGGCCAUUGAAUUGACAUUCGAUACACUCCUCAGUGUGAGCUCUUGCCUAAGCCCAAGGGCCUUACUGAGUUUAGCAAGAACCAGUCGAACCUUGACCGAGCCAUUAGCAAAAGCAGCUGUCAGAGCAGCCCUAAUGGUUCGAUCCAACCAAGUUCCGAAGCCCAUCGCUCACGCCAUCGAGCACGGAGAUCUACCGCUUCUUUCGCUUUCACUUGCCACCCUCGAUACUUUGUAUUCGCAGGGCUGGCGUUGGCCAGGUCUUUACACAGGGGUGUCGGAAGAAUUCUCGCCUUAGCAGCAGCGCACAAUUUAGAAUCAUUGAAGUUUCUGUUAGAAAGGUAUCCGCUAUGGCCGGCAUCGUCAACACAAGCGUUACCGCAGCUUGUUAUUGACCACCGUUUGUAUUCCUUGGGGGACAGCCUCUUCACCCCAUCUUUAGUUAACGACCGAAACACAGACCUGGUGCGCAAUGCUAUCCAAGCGGCUAGGGCAAUUGAUCACACCUCUCG